AUGGCCGCUGGCGUGGCAACAUGGCUGCCAUUUGCCCGGGCGGCGGCAGUGGGCUGGCUGCCGCUGGCCAAGAAGACGAUGCCCAAACCGCCGGUGGACAAGUCAUCCAGAUCCGAUGAGAUCUUGUUUGUUAACGUCAGCGGGCUCAGGUUCCAGACAUGGAAGAACACUUUGGACCGAUACCCUGACACCCUGCUGGGCUCUUCAGAGAAGGAGUUUUUUUACAACGAGGACACUCAGGAGUAUUUUUUUGACCGAGACCCGGAGAUGUUUCGGCACAUUCUGAACUUCUACCGCACAGGGAAACUCCACUACCCAAAACACGAGUGCAUCCAGGCCUUCGAUGAGGAGCUGGCCUUUUACGGCAUUGUGCCCGAGAUCAUCGGAGACUGCUGCAUGGAGGAAUACCGGGACAGGAAAAAGGAGAAUCAGGAGCGUCUGGCGGAGGACACGGAGGCCAGUGAGGCGACGGAUGCCCCCCUACCUCCCAACAGCACCUCCCGAGAGCGUCUGUGGCGGGCGUUUGAAAACCCUCACACCUCCACCAUGGCCCUGGUCUUCUACUACGUCACCGGCUUCUUCAUCGCCGUCUCCGUCAUCGCCAAUGUGGUGGAGACGGUCCCCUGCCGGCCGCCGAAAGGCAGCGUCAAAGACCUGCCCUGCGGCGAGAAAUACUCGCUGGCGUUCUUCUGCAUGGACACGGCCUGCGUGCUUAUCUUCACCUUCGAGUAUCUGAUGCGCCUGUUCGCUGCGCCCAGCCGCUGUAAGUUCAUGCGCUCGGUGAUGUCGGUCAUCGACGUGGUCGCCAUCAUGCCCUACUACAUCGGCCUGGUCAUGCCCGAGAACGAGGACGUGAGCGGCGCCUUCGUCACCCUCCGUGUGUUCCGGGUCUUCCGCAUCUUCAAGUUCUCGCGCCACUCACAGGGCCUGAGGAUUCUGGGAUACACGCUGAAGAGCUGCGCCUCGGAGCUGGGCUUCCUCCUCUUCUCCCUCACCAUGGCCAUCAUCAUCUUCGCCACCGUCAUGUUCUAUGCCGAGAAGGGGACCAAGGGCUCCAGCUUCACCUCCAUCCCAGCCUCCUUCUGGUACACCAUCGUCACCAUGACAACACUGGGGUGA